GGUUUCUCCACUGUAGCAUUCAGUUGGAGUGUGUCUCGUGUGUGAGAGGAGAUUUCGUAUUCACAGUGUGUGUUUGAGAGAGAGAAGAUUUCUCUGAUUUUGUCAGUCGACAUGGAUCGUCCGGACAGAAGGCUGGCAGUGACUCUUCUCCUCUUCUCAUUCAUCUCGUUCUCCACUCAGAAAACCUCAAUCUCCUGGUGUGUAGUGUCGGAGGCAGAGGAGCAGAAGUGUCUGGAUCUGGCUGGGAGUGCUACAGCCCGGAAUAUCAGAGGAACGCUGCUGUGUGUCCGUGGCCAGAGUCCCACAGACUGUAUGGAGAAGAUCAAGAAUGGUACAGCAGAUGCAGCAGCCAUGUUUGCUGAUGACAUCUACACAGCUGGCUGGUGCUUUGGACUAGAACUGGCUGCUGGAGAGUCUUACAACGGAGUGGAUGGUAUCAGCUACUAUGUUGUAGCUCUGGCUCGUCGCUCCUCCAGUGACCUGUCCCUGUUGGAGAUGCAUGAACGCAGCUCCUGUCACCCAGGGAUCCGUACCACGGUGGGCUGGACUGUUCCUAUUGGAUUCCUGGUCAACACCUCACAGAUCAGUGUCGAUGAACAAUGCAACUUUCCUAAAGCGGUGGGGGACUUCUUUGGCUACAGCUGUGUACCAGGAGUAAAGGACAGAGAACACGACCCCAGAGGAAGCAACCCUAAGAACCUGUGUGAAGCCUGCAUAGGAGACGACAACGAGAGACAUAUAUGUGUUAACAAUCACCGAGAGAGACACUAUGGAGAGGCUGGGGCACUGAGGUGUGUGGCUGAGAAUUUGGGCGAUGUGGCAUUUGUCAAACACACCACCAUUUUUGACAACAUGGAUGGCAACAAUAUGGAAUCAUGGGCCAUGGACCUGGAACUGGAGGACCUGAAGCUGCUGUGCCCGGAUGGCAGUGAGGCCGGGCCGUUUGACCAUGAGACGUGUCACCUGGCUGUGGUACCAGCUAACGCUGUGGUGGUACGCCUAGAGGACAAGUGUAGAGUCUGGAAAUACCUGGAACGCUUACAGAAUGCGUUUGGGAACACCACCAUGUUCAGCUCAGUGGGCUACACCCAAUCAGAUCUCCUGUUUUCUGACUCCACCCACCACCUGCUCAGGGUUGUGGGUAGUUACACUUCCUGGUUGGGUCCCUCAUACACCACGGUCCUGCAGGCCUUCGAGUGUGAAAGUUUGUGCUGAUCCUUCUAGAAAGAAAUCAACCAGCAUCCUCUCCAUCUCUCCCCUCACUAUCUCUCCACCUCUUUCUUUCCCUCCCUCCAUAUCGUAUCC